AUGGUGCACUCUACCUCGACCCGAGGGUGGGCGACUUGUAUGCUAGCUCUCGCUACGUGCUUUGCAUGGAUACCCACCAGCAUUGCUACGAUACCCAUUCCGAAUACCCCCAAGCUGUCGUUCCUUUACACGGCCUUUGUCGAGUGUGACCCAAACCUGAUGAGCACCUCGAUCGGACCGCAUGGGAUUCGCAAGUCAAUUCCUAUCGUGGGGGGAAACUUCAGCGGCCCUCAUCUUUCCGGCAAGAUUCUCGAUGUCGGAGCCGAUUGGGGUCUCAUUGAUCCUCAAACUAAUAUCUUUUCCGCCGACACUCGGUAUAACUUCCGCACCGAUGAUGGUGCCGAUAUCUUCCUCCAAACAGCGGGCCCCAAGGCCCCGGACGAUCAUUUGCAUCUGCGUCUGAUCUUUGAGACUGGAAGUCCGAAAUAUUAUUGGCUGAACAAUGUGGUUGCUAUUGGCAUUCUGACAUCGAAUCAGCCCACUAACAAGAAUAUAAGCUUACUGCGGAUUGAUGCCUGGAAUGUAAGUUCAUCCAGUCGAUUCCCAGUAUGGAACUAG